AAAUAAGACCCAAAGGGUAAACUCGUAAAUUAAAGCAUAGAAAAAACCCUAGCCCUAAACUCCUCUCUUUUAAAACUCCCCGUAUUUUAACGCAACUGCCCCUUUAUCACUCUGCCACCGCCUCCGCUGCCUUCAACCUCUGUCGAUUUGCCAUGGCAUCAGAGAAGAAGCUGUCGAAUCCAAUGAGGGAGAUCAAGGUUCAAAAACUUGUCCUCAAUAUCUCCGUUGGUGAAAGCGGUGAUCGUCUCACCCGUGCCGCCAAGGUCUUAGAACAACUCAGCGGUCAAACUCCCGUCUUCUCCAAGGCUAGGUACACUGUGAGAUCUUUUGGAAUCAGGCGUAAUGAAAAAAUUGCUUGCUACGUGACAGUGAGGGGAGAGAAGGCUAUGCAGCUUCUUGAGAGUGGUUUAAAGGUUAAGGAGUAUGAGCUUUUGAGGAGGAACUUCAGUGAUACUGGCUGCUUUGGAUUCGGCAUCCAGGAGCACAUUGAUCUUGGCAUCAAGUAUGACCCUUCUACUGGUAUCUAUGGAAUGGACUUCUAUGUUGUUCUUGAGCGAGCUGGGUACCGUGUUGGCCGUCGCCGCAGGUGCAAGUCACGUGUUGGUAUUCAGCACAGAGUUACCAAGGAGGAUGCGAUGAAGUGGUUCCAGGUCAAAUAUGAAGGUGUCAUCCUUAACAAGUCCCAAAAUAUUUCUUAGAAAUAGCAAGAUAUGAUCUCGUUUAAGUUUGUUUUUUAGUUUUGGGUAUCUGGUUUUGGCCAGUUUAUGUUCAUCGGUUAUUAUCUUCCUGAACAUAUCUAUUUAUGUAUUUUGGGAUCGUAAGUGCUCUUUCUGUUGGUUUACUUUAUUGAUAUAAUGUUCAAUUGGAAGAAUAUUCUCUAUUCAAGUA